AUGGCUGCGUCCCCUAUGCACACAGAGCACGGUGAUUUACAGUCCCACGACAAGUGGGUGAAUUCAGGCGACCACAGCGGCGAGCCUAUGGGUCCUGCUGGCGACGGUGCUGCUCCAAACAACGGUCCUGCUGGCGAUGAUCGGGCAGCAACCGACACUGCUCAUCCGGAGUACGCUCGCAGCAAUGGGGGCGGCGAUGCUGGCUCCAACCAAUCUGGCACUGUCGUCUACAGAGAAAAGCAGGUCAAGCCAAACAAGGUCUAUAUCGGGGGUUUACCCGAACACACCCGUCAAGAGGACUUGCAAAGUUGCUUUGGAAAGAUCGGGACUAUCACCAACAUCGAGUUGAAAGUGGGAUAUGGGUUCGUUGAGUUCGAAAGCCGAGAAGCCGCUGAGGAGAGCGUAGCAAAAUACCAUGAAGGCUUCUUCAUGGGGAACAAAAUACGUGUCGAGCUGUCACGCGGCGGCGGCAGGUACGCAAAGUACAGUGCCGACCCCGGUGCUUGCUUCAAAUGUGGCCUAAUGGGCCACUGGGCUAGAGAGUGUCCAAACCAUGUAAUCAAUGGACGGCGCUCAGCUCCCGGGGAGUCACCCCUCAUAGAUCGUAUUCGGCCAGCAGGUGAUUAUCCACCUCCACCCCCUUCUAGGGACUACCCAUCUUACCGUGAAGAACAUGCCCCUGGUCGCUACCCUCCCGCGAGGGACUCACGAUAUGCCUACGAGUAUCCUCCUCCUCGCCGGCCUGUCUCACCUCCAAGGGAUCAUCGUGAUUAUUUCCCGCCUCCGCCGCGCCGUGCCGACGUCGAUGACUAUCGUAUGCGUGGUCCCCCUCCCUCUCGUUACGAAUCUCGGGCUGGCUACUAUCCUCCUGAAGAGGGUGCGGGGUAUCCUCGUGGCUAUCCUCCGCCACCGCCUCGGGACUAUGAUCGCUAUGACAGACGUCCGCCCCCUCCUGGCGACAGAUUUGCUCCGUAUCCCCCUCCGCCUAGUUUUAGGCCUCGGACGCCACCUGGUCCUCCCCGAGGCCGGGAUGAGUUCGAUCGGCCACCUGCUAGGGACUACCCGCCUCCUCCUGAGUACCGUGGACGACCUUUGACGCCUCCGCCUUCUCGUUAUGCCGAUUAUCCUCCACGUCCUACAGCUACUGAGGGACGUUAUCGCCGUCGCUCCCAAAGCCCCCACCCUAGGACAUCUGCUACUGGCUAUGAUUCCUAUAAUGCUGGUUCUUCUGGAUAUGCUGCAGCUCCAGCUGGGCCCUCAAAGGCUAGUCGCGACUAUCCUCCGCGUGGUGGACGCGAUGCAGUAGAGUCUAACGGCAGUUACCGGAGGCCCUAA